GACGUCCUCUCUCCCUUCCUACUUCCGGGACAUCUGGACAUUCUGACAUCAAUCUUAAUUUGCCGCCUAAUAGGCUACCUUUCCCGCGCGUGAAGAAUAACAAGGACAAGACAUACCCGGCCUUUCGCAUUCUGCACUUGAUUCAUCGGACGUACCGUAUCGAUUCUUGUAGUUCGAAGGGAUAAACUCCGGCUUGCAUUACAAUCGCACGCACUACCAGGCAAGAUGGUGUACAUACGCCAGCACGAACUGCCCGCUCUGCGGCAGUAUCGCUAUGCAGGAGUGGACCACUCGCUCGUCAGUCGUUAUAUCCUGAAGCCCUUCUACAAUGAUUUUGUCAUUAAGUUCUUUCCGAUGAGCAUGGCUCCUAAUGCUAUUACCUUGACCGGCUUCUUCUUCGUGGUAGUCAACUUUAUCACCAUCCUAUGGUACAACCCGACCCUAGACCAGGACUGUCCUUCCUGGGUCUAUGCCAGUUGCGCCCUCGGGUUGUUCCUCUAUCAGACGUUCGACGGUGUAGAUGGCAUCCAAGCGCGGCGAACGAAGCAAAGCGGCCCUCUGGGGGAGCUGUUUGAUCACAGCGUCGAUGCUUGCAACACCGCCUUGGGAGUCCUGAUCUUCUGUGCGGCUAUGAACCUCGGCCAGUCAUGGGCUACGAUCCUGACUCUUUUUGGAUCGACCAUGACCUUCUAUGUCCAGACCUGGGACGAGUACUACACCCAGGUACUGACCCUAGGAAUCAUCUCCGGCCCCGUUGAGGGUGUUCUCACUCUCUGCGUUGUGUUUGGGUUUACAGCAUACAUGGGUGGGGGUAGCUUCUGGCACCAGCCCAUGCUGGAGACCAUCGGACUCCCCAAGCCAGACUUCCUGCCGGACCAGCUCUACGGAAUGGCCUUUACGCAGUGGUACAUGGUCUAUGGUGCGGUUCUCCUCUUCUUCGCCACCGGUUCCAGCAUCGUGCAUGUCAUGAAGAUUCGCAGCGAGCGUGGCCAAGACCCCAUCAAGCCUCUCUUCGGCCUCCUUCCGCUGGUGGCCGUGUGGACCUUUGUUCCGGCCUACCUCUAUCUCCAGCCGACCAUCCUGGAAAACUACGCCAUCCCGUUCUGUUUGUACGUUGGCCUGGUCAACGCGUACGCGGUGGGCAGGAUGAUCAUCGCGCAUUUGACCAAAACCAGUUUCCCAUACUUCAACAUGCUCCUGGUGCCUCUCGCACUGGCUACAAUCGACAGUGGUGGCGACAAGUACGGGGUCUGGUCGAGCUUGCUUGGUGGUGAGGUUGGCCAGGCCGCUUUCCUGUGGGUGUGUUUGGGUCUGUCGAUUGGUGUGUAUGGUAGUUUCGUGCAUGAUAUCAUCACGACGAUAUGUGACUACGUCGACAUCUGGUGCUUGACUAUCAAGCAUCCACAACCGCGUGUGGAGGUGGUUAUCACAAACGGAGCCCCGAAGAAAACGAACUAGAGUAUCGCAUGUUGGUGUCGCAUGACGGAAGUAAUAUCGCGAUGGAGGAGUGGCUUGCGGUGUAUGAUAGAGACGGUGGUAUGCGAGCGUUAAGUGGCGAAGUCAACUUAGUAUGCAUGGAG